AUGCCUGCGGAUGAAAACAAGAAAAGUGAAGGAAAUAUGAAAUGUUGUGCAAAGAAAACGUGUGCAGUGUAUGUGUGCGUAAAUUGUUAUGGGAUAUACCAUAAAAGCUGCCACAACAGAAAUCCGUCGUCUAAGAUAAUUGAAGGAAAUAAAAUCGAAUGCUGCAUGGCCGACAAUAAAAUGGUGGCAGCAUCAAACCGCGAAAAAAUCAUGGAAAUAGAAAUAUUGUACCUAAAACAAUUGCUUGAGGAAUCCAAAGAUAAAAACAAUAUACUAAAAGUGAGUAAUCAACUGCUAAUGGAAAAGGUAGUAAACUUAGAAAAUAUAAAUGCAAAAGCGCAAGAUUUUAACAAAAAAUUAUACAGCAAAAAGGCGGCAAAACCGAUUCAAAGCAGGGAUUGCAGCCGACAAAAAUGCCACUAUACAGUGUUCCCAAUGGUUCAAAUCAGAGUAUUCCCAAAGCCUCAAGUUAGAGUAGGUCAAAUGCAAAAACUCCAGAAGAAGAAGAGACAGUUAUUGACAGUUCAGCAAAAACAAAUAAAAGAGAUGAAAAUAUCAAUGAAAUCAAAAAGAAUGUUGGCUAUAAGAAAGUAA